AUGGCCAAAAUCUCAACAUUAAACGAAGAAAACUAUAGCCGUGGAUACGACGGAGGGAGUCGUGUCUCUGACGAAGUAUCUUGGAUCAAACAUGCAAGCACACGGAAGUCUCUCAGAUUAAGGAUAUGUACCCUUGGUGGCAGACGGCGUCACCGGAUCCAAGCGUAUGGACUGCAGUGGUUUAAUCCGUGGACAAUAUUCGAUCCGUGUUCUCCAUCCGAGUUUUUUCUUCCAAAAUUCCAUGACAAAGAUGGUGGAUACAUAGUAAAUAAUUGCGUCAAGAUUGUUGCGGAGGUUGAUGUUCUUGAAAAAUCUGAUAUACAAGUGGAAGUUGAGAAGAUAAACAGACCUCUGAGAAAGAUUGAGGAGAAUAAUGGCGCAGUUCCUAGCGUUUUGCUUAAGGAAGCUUCAGCAGUAGUGGAAAGCUUAGAUGUCAAUGGGUUUCAAGUUUUUCCUUCACAAGUAGAAUCUGUGAGGCGUAUAUUUGAGAGACAUCCAGACAUUUGA